AUGGUUUUCCAUAAGGAGUUCCAGAAUGCAGGCAAGGAGCCUGGUCUGCAGAUUUGGAGGAUAGAGAAGAUGGAUCUGAAACCUGUUCCCAAACAACUGCUUGGAAACUUCUUCACUGGUGAUGCCUAUGUUGUCCUUUACACCACUCCUGCUCCAUCCUACAAUGUCCACAUGUGGUUGGGCAAUGAGUGCUCCCAGGAUGAAGGUGGAGCUGCUGCCAUCUUUACAAUGCAGCUGGAUGAUCAUCUGGGUGGAGCACCAGUCCAGUACCGUGAGGUUCAGAACAAUGAGUCCGUUACCUUCCUUGGCUACUUUAAAACUGGGAUUAAGUACAAGCAAGGUGGUGUGGCCUCUGGAUUCCAGCACGUGGUGACUAAUGACAUGAAUGUGAAGCGUCUGCUUCACAUUAAGGGACGACGUGCCAUCCGUGCCACAGAGGUGAAUAUGUCUUGGGCCAGCUUCAAUCGCGGCGACUGCUUCAUCAUUGAUCUCGGCAAGGACAUCUACCAAUGGUGUGGGAGUGACUGCAACCGAUUUGAGCGGUUGAAAGCCUCUGAGGUGGCUAUUGGCAUUCGUGAUAAUGAGAGAAAUGGGCGUGCUAGUCUGCACAUGGUUGAGGAUGGUGCUGAGCCAGAGGCUGUCAUUGCUGCUCUUGGGUGCAAGCCCAACAUCCCAGCAGGAAGUCCUGACAAUGAGACGACUGACAGAGCCAAUCAGAAAAAGGGCACACUCUACGUGGUGUCUGAUGCUACAGGCUCUAUGAAGACAUCUCUGGUGGCCCAAAGCAGCCCUUUUAAACAGGAAAUGCUCACUCCCACCGAAUGCUACAUCCUGGACAAUGGAGUGGACAGCAAGAUCUUUCUUUGGAAAGGACCAAAUGCAAACACUGAAGAACGUAAGGCAGCCAUGAAGGUAGCUGAGCAGUUUAUCAAAGACAAGAACUACCCCAGAAACACACAGAUCCAGGUUAUGCCAGCCGGAGGCGAGACCACACUGUUCAAGCAGUUCUUCAGUAACUGGAAGGAUAAGGAUCAAAGCACAGGUCCAGGCCAGGCCUACAGCAUUGGCCGCAUUGCCAAAGUUUCACAGGUUCCCUUUGAUGCAUCCAGUCUGCACUCCAACAAAACUAUGGCUGCCCAGCAUGGCAUGGUGGAUGACGGCUCUGGCAAGGUCCAGAUAUGGCGUGUAGAGGGUGGCGAUAAAGUUCCUGUAGACGCUUCCAGCUAUGGGCAGUUCUAUGGAGGAGACUGUUACCUGAUCCUCUACACCUAUCGCCAGGGAAGCAGAGAGCAACAUAUUAUCUACACCUGGCAAGGACUUAAGUGUACACAAGAUGAGCUGGCUGCCUCAGCUUUUCUAACAGUCAAGCUGGAUGAUUCCAUGGGAGGUUCGCCUGUCCAGGUACGUGUCACUCAAGGCCAGGAACCGGCCCAUUUGAUGAGCCUGUUCAAGGGGAAACCCAUGAUCAUCCACAUGGGUGGGACUUCACGUAAAGGUGGUCAAAGUCAGACUGGCAAUACACGCCUUUUCCAUAUCCGCCAGAGCUCCACCCGUGCAACACGCGCUGUGGAGGUGGAACCCACUGCAUCCAAACUGAAUACUAACGAUGUGUUUGUGCUGAAGUGUCCUGGUGGCCUGUUUCUGUGGAAAGGAGUGGCCGCUUCAGAGGAAGAAAUGGCUGCUGCUAAAUACGUCUGCAGCUUCCUUGGAGGCAGUGCCACAGAAAUUUCAGAGGGCAGAGAGCCGGCUGGGUUUUGGUCAGCUUUGGGUGGAAAGAAGGACUAUCAAACCUCUAAAAGUCUGCAGAAGACUGUUAAACCUCCACGUCUCUUUGGCUGCUCCAACAAGACUGGACGUCUAAUUGCUGACGAAGUGCCUGGAGAUUUCACUCAGUCUGAUUUGGCCACUGAUGAUGUCAUGCUGCUGGACACCUGGGACCAGGUCUUUGUUUGGAUUGGUAAUGAUGCCAACGAGGUGGAGAGGAAUGGAGCUGAUAAAAUAGCCAAAGAUUAUGUGGAUUCUGACCCCUCUGGUCGCCGUGGCACCCCGCUCAUCACUGUAAAGCAAGGCUUUGAGCCCCCAACUUUCACUGGCUGGUUCCAGGCUUGGGACGCAAAGAUGUGGGACACAGACCCACUGGAUCGCAUCCGUGGUCGUUUCUAAAAGCACGCGCAUUCAGACACGCAAACCUUUAUAUACUUUGCAUAGCUUCCAGAAUACUCACCUAUUGUGUUUCAUGCAUUGAUGGUCUGUAAAGGAUGCAGAUGGGAACACAGUAUGCAAUAAUGCUGCAUGUUAAGCCACUAUGUACUGUAUUUUGCGACUAUUAAUGACUUUUUUGCCUUGUUGAUUCCUAUGCAUUGACUUGCCAUUUUAUACAAUUAAACUCUUUUAUAUGCUUCUGUAUUCCAGUGAUGUUUUCGACUGCAUGGUCAUUAUGAAUUUUUAAAAUGAAAAUUACAAGAAAUGGAAAUGGAAAAUGUUUUGUUUUUUUUGAGCAAGUCAAUAACAUUUGUCUGUAUUUGACAACUUGGUGCCAUUUGGAUUGUUAAAAAUUGUACACAUGCAUGGUUAAUUCCUCGCAAAUUUGCAGAUUAAAACAUCUGAGAGAAUAUAUUGUAGUUGCUGAAAAAGAUUUUAAUGUAUCUCUACCAUUAUUCUGAAUCCCAGUAUAUAAUAAAUCACCUUUUCAAAAUA